AUGGAGAACCUUCUCUGUCCUCUGAAAAGCGCCAUUGCUACAUGGCAGUGCUCCAGUCUUCGCUGGGUGAUUGAGACCAUCUUUGGCAUCGUGUGUGGAGCACUGCUCUUCCUUGUGUUAGUCCUCUUAUUGGAGAGAGAUCAAUCCUCACCACCACCUAGGGAACAUAAAAACAUCAAAAAGCGUUCAGUAAAGCCAAGAAGGAGAAGUUGCAGGAAGAAACGUGGAGCUUUGAAAGCCUGCAGAGAGUGCCUGCAAGACCUGGAAAAGGCUCGGGGCCUAAUUAAUCUUCUCGGAAGCCACCUGGGGAGGCCCCCUGAACAGGGCGGCUUUGGUCAGCGCUCCUGUAAAGACCCCUCUGGUGAGGUCUGCGAAGCUGCGCCUGCUGGAGCCAACGGGCCCUGCGGGGCGACUGUGGAAGAUGCUGCUCCCACCAUGUCCCCCUCGGCCUCUCUGGCUCCUGUGACUGAGUGCCCGUCCCCUCCGGCCUCCACCUUGUCACCAGGACCGACCACCUGCUCUGUCCCCCUUCAUUCCCACUCACCCCCGAGUGCCUCUCGGACACCAGAGCCUUUUCUUUUGCUGGAUGACCUUUCACCCCAGCCACUUGCACUUUCCUGUUCCCCUUCACUUCCCCCUGAUUCAGGGGCCCACCCUCCACCUCCCACAGCCUCCUCUGCCUCACCACCACCAGCCUCCACUCUGACUCUUCCCCAGUGUGACUCAGUGGCACUGACACUGGGCCCCGUCCCGCAGAGCUCAUGUGCACACACACCUCGGUCGGCUUCUCCCACCCCAGCCGUCUCAGGCGUUGGCCACUCAAGCGGUCCCAUUUCAGCCCUGUCCUGGUGGCAGGCAGCUACCAAAACCUUGUGCCUCUCAGCUUCAUCACAGUACAAGUCCCAGCAAGAGCGCCUGUCCCACCAACCAGCAAGACCACCUGUCCCAUCACCCACCACCCGGCAAGAGCACCUGUGCCACCUGCCACCAGAGGCCUCGUUCCAGGAAGGCCCCACAGACAGACAGACAGAGGCUGAUGAGCAGAGUCUCCUGGAGAUACAUAUCACAAAGAUAACCAAUGUAAAGAUUUUGAAAAAAAAUGAAAAAGAUACAUUAUAUCCAAAACAAAUGAAGCCAAACUACCACCUGCGCUCUCUGGGGAAUACGUCGACAUCACUGGGUGCUGAGCAGGACACCACCACCCCCCAACCCUUCUGGAUCAGGAAGGAUGAACAGGAACAAGUGCAUAGGCCUCUGCAGCUCUGUCGCCAGCUUUUUUGGGGUCUCCCCUCACUGCACAGCGAAUCCCUGGAGGCUACGGGCUGGACAUCUAAGAGCUCUUCUACAUUACAGCCUCCACCUUUCUCAUUCAAUAGCAUCUCCAGUGCCUGCCCAGUUCAACUGCAGGCCACAGUCUCUCCACUGCUUUCCCACCCCCAGCCCAUGCCUCCCUUGGCGUUCCCAUCUCCACCCUUGCUUCCAACCGUCCCUCAAUUACCACCCCCACCUCUGGCUCAGGUCCAGCCCCGAUGCUCUCUACCAGCCCUACCACCUUCUUCUCCACCUCAGAUUGGAAGCUGUGGAGUGUCAUGCCCGACAGCCCGGAAUGAGACACAAUUUUUAAUCUCAAUUGAGAUUCCACACCCAGAAAGGCCCUCGUUGCAGAAGCAAGUAGAAAGCGGGUGGGAUUUAUCCUCUGUAGUCAAAACGUCUCAGGAAGUCUUCAGUGUCUUCACUUCCAGCUGUCCCAAGGACAGCAUCCUUCCUGAGAAUUUUCCUAUCAAUCCUGAGCCCCGGAAGCAACUGGAGCCACAUCUGCAAAACUGGCAUAUGCAACACAGCUGGGAGCUGUCCCCCAAAAUCCAAGAACCUCCCAAACCAGGGCAACAGCAGAGCGAAUUACCAGACACAUGUCAGGCAGAGGACAAGCAUGAGUCCUCACGGCCCUCUUCACACACAGGUGAAAGCAGCAACGACACACAGAACGUGGGGCUCCAGCUAAGGCACGUCACAGGGAAGAUCUCAAAAGAUCUCUCCAGAGGCUCAGAAAGCUACCUAGUGACGUUUCAGAGGGUAGACUCUGAGGAGUCAGAAAGUGACGUGAUGCUUUUCAGAAGGGACUCCGGAAGUGAUGUACUGAGGAACUUAGACAAAAAUCUAGAAAACACGCUAAAAGGCCACUCGGUCAGCAAGUUGGGACAGAGGAGCAAGAGCCUGAUGAGUGUGCAUGGACGCUGGCUUGAUGUCAGCCACUGUUCUGCCAAGGCUGACACUCACAUGGAAACCAAAAAUCUGGGGAUUUUAAAGGAUUGGGAACCCUGCAUGAAUGCCUCUCAUGGGGUGCUCUUUCUCGAUACUGACGUUCAAAAGGUGCUAGAAGCACAUAUUACAAAGUUUUGGGUGAAGCACAGGUGGGGCCUGCCCCUCAAGGUCCUCAAGCCCAUGCAUCUCAUUAAGUUGAAAAGGGCUCAGACCUCGCCCAUUCCACACUCAUCUACCUGUGUAUCUGGGGCCUUCUCAAUAGUCAAAUUUGUUGAGUUCCCGGGAAAACCAUCUCAGGCCUGUCCAGUAGAGAAAAUGAAAACAGACGACUCGGUUCCCACCCUGGCAAGGUCUCUCCUUGCCCCCUCACGUGUGUGUGAGGACAUGCAGAGUGCUCUGGGAGGGACCCCACCUGGUGUUGGCCAUGGCCCUUCAAAGGCCUCUCUGACUAGACAGGAGGGUAGGCCACCAUCUCAGUCUGUCUCACUCACCUGGAAGAGUAAGACUAUGGAGUGGGCUGAGCAGGAUAGUCUAGAUCUCAGUCCAGGUUCAGCCAUGGCCAGGAAUGAUCCAAGAGGAAAGGGCAGGGGUGGGGUCUCACAAGAGGCCUUCAAUGGGGUAGCAAUGCAGGUGAUGAACUUAAUAUCCCAAUCUUUGAGGGCCAAAGAGGUCAAGGAGACAAUGGAGGCCAGUGUGUCCCCUGCUCUUCAACCAGAGUUGGGAACCAAUGUACAGACAAUAUCCCAAAACAUCAAUGCAUAUUUGAAGAGUGUAGAAUCUCCAGGGACCAGUAAUGACUCCCUAGUCCCUAGAACAUCUUUUCUCCAAGAACGAGGAGAGCCAUGCCUUAACAAAGAGGUCAUUAAUGAACUUAAGUCUAAAGUGCAGGUACCGUCAAAGAACCAACCUCAAGACAGUCCCACACACAUGCCCCUUGCUGCAGACAAGGUGCACCAUCGCCACUCCCAGAGAGUGCCCCCUGGAGUCAGGCCAGCGUCCCAUGUGUUAUGUGGCCUUAAGACACCCCAACGGAGCACCCAAGGGAAGCAGGAAUCCAGAAUAUAUAUGCAGGACUCGUGGAAGAACCAAAGACAAAUGUUCACCUCUACCUACAAGAGAGAGGACAUUCCAGGAAAGCAUGCAGAAGGGCCAGAAGAAUUGGGGACCUUUCAAGCCAUGCAAAUGAGCCCCUCAGCCAAGGCUAGUGAAACAGUAGACUCUGUUGAGAGGCAAUACCCUUAUCUGGGGCCAGAGAAGAAACAGGGUCCUCCAGAAAGUUUCUUCAGACAAAGAAUGAAGCUCUUUUUUCAGGGGAUUUUCCCCAAUAAAAAACCCAAAGGUCAGGAUGCUCUGCUAGACUACAAACUCAAUUCAGCUACCGUCCAGAACGAAGGACCAGGCAAAAGCAUAUCAGUUAUGGGAAGCAAGAUCCCUGAGGCUCAGACACUCAUAACAACUGUAGGGCAGAUUCUCGAGGAGAAAAUUCACCAGGGACUUGGUACCACAGCACUAAAUGAGCACAAACAGGAACCCAAAACCCCAGUGUGUAGGUAUGUUUGCUACAGCAGGCUUCCUUUCUGCGAGAAAGGGGGAGCGAUGAGUCACACAGCCUGCAGGCACCAGGCCAACUCCAAUCAGAGUUGUUCCCCUAGGAAAGGGCAAGUCAGACACACAGAGUGCUUGAAAAGCAACAAAUUCAAUGAUGAGCUCUUGGGCCUGAGUCGCCCCACAUUCCUGGCCUCCAAGACAUGUUUGUCUUCAGUGAGAUCCUGCCAGCAUGGGCCAAAGGGGCCAGGUGCCCUGGGCCACCAUCAGCACUGCCCGAGGCACUGUCUUUUUCCAGUGGGUGUCUUGUCUGGUCGACCAUAA